AUGCAGGAUGCUUCAAGCUUCCAACAUGAAAUUGACCCGGAAAAAUUAGAAAAGAUUAUCAACACUAUGGAGAAAAUGGUCGCAAACCUUGAGAAUAUUUCGAUUAUCGAGAAACGUCCAGAAACCAAGUCGGAAACCGGGAAGGAACUGGUUCAGGCGGAGGUAGAGAUACGAAAGAAAGAAGCGGCCAAGGAGGAUGCACAAAAAAGCGAGACGAGGAAGAACCUGAUUUGGAAGGAAGAUGGAGCGGGGCAAGCUGAUAUGGAAAAGGAUUUUGACGAGAAACUAAACAAGAAAAUGGUGAGUGUCAAAUCCGCAAGGGGCGAGCGGAGAGAAACCGACGAUGACCCGCCAGAGGAAGUGGUGAAAAAUGCCAUCGACACAGAAGACGUCGACGACCUCAGUCAGAAGCCGAAGAUUCCUGUUGAAAGGGAAGAGCACAUACAGGAUUUCCUCCGACUCUGCGCACUUUCCUCAGUCGUGCCGAACACAGUUCCCGAGCCACAGCUAAUCGCUGACUCCGAGCGUGAGGAUCUUUUCAAGAAAAUCAGUGGUGUCGUGAUGGAAGAGGCGGAAAAGCAUGGCCUAGAAACUGCCACGGAGCCAUCAGCUCGAACAAGCGCAGAGAGACAUCCAGGGGUCCGAACGACGGAAGCAGAGGAUAGCCGUACAAGUGUUGAGCCAAGCAGCACCAACGAGCCCUCUACUGCAGAGAAGCACGAGGAGGUUGACAAUGCAGUGAAUUCUGAAAGCAUGAAAGACGUCAAAUCUGUAGAGGUACAGUCACAGGAUUCCAACAAAAGCACUGAAGAAAACGUUAAAGGGACGGAAAAGCCCGAAAAAGAAGAUAUUUCAAAUACCGAAGAGCCUGUCAAAGAGGAAUCUACGACAGAAUCAAAAACAAGCGCUGAAAUUCCAGUCAGGACGGUACAGCUCAAAGAAUUCGAUAAUAAAGAAGAAAUCAUGAGUCGUGAAAAGAAGUCGAACGAAGACGAAGACAACGAAGUUGGCUCGAACGAAGUUCAUCAAUCGAAAUCACGCGAAGAACCUGACGAGGAAGUUCCAAUAACUCAAGUUCCCAAAGAAAAUGACGAUGACCAUGGAGUGGAAGUGGGCACAGAAAAAACGCCGCAAGCCAAGAGGGCUGAACGAAUGCGGCUAGCCAGAGAGAAAAAAGCUCAGCAGGAAAAGGCUAAAGAAGUGAAGAAAGCGGAGGAGUCCUCCAGUGAGGAAGACGAACGCGACAGCACAAAUCCACUCGGGCUGCCUACUCUCCCACCACCUCCAACGCUGGCGCCAUUGCCUAGUCUCGAAACCGUGCUUGAUAACCUUGGUAAGCAGUGGAAGAAGCUUUUCCCACCGCCCAAAUCAUUUAGACUCUAA